AUGGCACGUCUGAUGGCGAAUACUUCGGAUUUUGAUAGACACUUACGAGAGGCUGGUAACUUGCAUAGUACAGGCAACUGGUAUGACAUGUCACCUCCCCACCAGUACGCCUAUCAAACACGAUAUAUUCAUCCACACGUCGGCACUUCUUACUUACAGCGUGGAAAUCAAUUCAAUCCAAUGACACAUCAUCACCGAGUCUACCAUUACAAUUCAUCUCUCUCGAAAAAAUCUUUCAAUCACUCCUCUGCCUACCACGAUCAGUUCCUUGCAUUAAACACUAACCAAGAGUUUGUGCCCACAUCAAGCCAGAAUAUGUUCCAACCCCUACAUGAUAAUACAGUUAUUGAACACCGUAGGCGCCGGUCUUCUACGGGCCAAAUAUUCAAUGAUAACAAUGUGUUGAGCACAAAAGAACUCGCAAGCGACCAGGAACUGUCUGAUCUAAUGCUCUAUUCCUCGACGCAUCGAUCUGUCACGGACCUCUCGUCAAUUUUAUUUAAGGAAGAGGGGAAUAUUGACAGUUUCUACCCACCUGAAUGGAACAGCGCCUUUGAUGCAACUUCACGAACUGAUAUGAAUGAACCGCCAUUAAGUUCAUCUCUCCACUGUGAACUGGAACAACUUACAGAAUCAAGGUAUCAGAGCAUGAUAAUGCACGAAAAUCGCGGCAGAAAUCAAUCUGGCGUUGAGAUGGAACUUGACCUUCUGAAAAAUAUACCCAUUGCGGAUUGUGAUAACUACAUUUCAUCCAAUCUUUUGGAAGACCUAACAAUGGAUGAUUCCUUUUCUAGAAACGGCUAUGACAGAACUGUGGGAGGUCAGUUGCCAAGUACCGAGAAUCCCCCAUCGACAAUAGAAUCGAAUGAAACAUUCCAGGAUAUUCCCGAUGCUUUUGACUUAUUCGAGAAAACUUGGUUGCCUGCUUCCUUGCCUUGGCGUAGCCGGUUCUCCAUGGGUGAAUCGACGCAUGAUCCAGACUUUCUAGAAUCGACAUUUCACUCCGAUAUUCCAGGACCUAUCAUUCAAGAUCUAAACGAGACAAUGACGGUAACCAAUGACGAAACAGCGCGACCUCGACUGACGACAGACACGAAUCAAACAUUUUUCGUUGAAGUUGAAGAGUAA